AACCCACCGUUUUUGAUGAGGUAGCCCAGCACCAGUACAACGCAUUAGUCAGGAAAGGCAACUCAGUGAUCCCUUCAGCUCCAAUGAUGAACUUUGUGCGUGCCCAGAUCAAGAAAGCAGCUGAUGAGACCGAGACUAUUCUGGAAACAACCCCGGCUGGCAAAAGCGAUGGGGAAGGUGCACUUCGAGCAUUCAUUAAGCGCCAGGGCCAAAAGUUAAGGCGGCUACCAAACCUUUUCGGUUGUCGUGACCCCGAGUACGUAUCACCAGAACGGUCUAGGUCGGCGACACCAUCAGAUCCCACUUCGGGCCAGGGCCAUGUUGAUCCUUUGGAGGAUGAGGAUGUGGGUGUGGUCACCCAAGAGGUAUGGCAUGAGCAUAUAUCCAAUUUUUGAUGCAUUGCUAACUAUAUCCUCACACACGGUCUUUCCAUAUCUUUUGUUGAUGCAUAGGUUGCUGAUGAUAUGA